CCUCGGCUCCCACCAUUUUCUCCUCGCCAGGCUCCAGUCCUCAACCAAUAAGCAUAGCAUCCCAGAAGUUGGUAUCUGCUAUCUCUCGCAGCUAGCUCCAACCUGGAGGCUGCAGGAUUAAUUGGUGCUGAAGGAAGAGCUAGCUGAAUUGGGCGUCAGGUCAUCCAGGGAGGUGGGCAGGAUCAUGGAAGCUCAGACCAGAGCCAGAGGUGGCGCGCGAAUGCGGCUGCGGGACGUGCUGCUGUCCGUGGUGGUGGCGGUGGUGGCGAUGGCGGCGACAACAGCGCGGGCGCAGCUGGAGGUGGGGUUCUACGACACGCUGUGCCCGGCGGCGGAGAUCAUCGUGCAGGAGGAGGUGAGCAAGGGGGUGUCCGGCAGCCCCGGCACGGCGGCGGGGCUCCUCCGGCUGCACUUCCACGACUGCUUCGUCAGGGGUUGCGACGGGUCGGUGCUGCUAGACUCUUCGGCGGGCAACACGGCGGAGAAGGACGCGCCGCCCAACUCCAGCCUCCGGGGCUUCGAGGUGAUCGACGCCGCCAAGACGAGGCUGGAGCAGGCCUGCUACGGCGUCGUCUCCUGCGCCGACAUCCUCGCCUUCGCCGCACGAGACGCGCUCGCGCUGGCCGGAGGCAGCCAGUACCAGGUGCCGGCGGGGCGACGAGACGGUAACGUCUCCGUGGCGGGGGAGACCAACGGCAAUCUGCCUCCGCCGACGGCGAACGUGCAGCAGCUCAAUCAGAUCUUCGGCUCCAAGGGCCUCACCCAGGCACACAUGGUCGCGCUCUCAGGCGCGCACACGAUCGGCAUGGCGCAGUGCAGCUCCUUCGACGGCCGGCUCUACCCGUCAUCGCCGAGCGCGGGGCAGGACCCCACAAUGGACCCAAGCUACCUGGGCACGCUCACCACGCAGUGCCCGCAGUCGGCCACGCAGUCCGGCGCGGCUCAGCCGCUCGUCGCCAUGGACCCCGUCACGCCCAACUCCUUCGACACCAACUACUACGCCAACAUCGUCGCCAACCGCGGCCUGCUCACCUCCGACCAGGCGCUGCUCGCCGACCCGACCACCGCCGCGCAGGUCGUCGGGUACACCAACAACCCGGCCUCCUUCUUCACCGACUUCGCCGACGCCAUGGUCAGCAUGGGCAACAUCGAGGUGCUCACCGGCACCAGCGGAUCCAUCAGGACCAACUGCAGAGUCGUCGGCUGAGCAUCCUGCUCUUGCCGCUCCGUGUUGAUGUCGGUCAAACUCGUAAUUAAACUGAAAUGUGUGGCACAUGUAGUUAGGUAGGGUGUCUAUUUUGAACAUUCAGCUGGUCGAUCUGUACGUGCUAGCUAGCUUAGUUAGCUUAGCUCCACCCUCUUCUCUCUUCGCUCCUGCAUACUCAAUCAAUUUCUUCCUCCGCUUGUAUUCAUGUAGCCUUUGUAUGUAUUCAUCAUCUAGAUACUGGAUUAAGAACUGUAUGUAAUGAUUAGGUACAAAUGUACCAAUAGUAAUACUUAAUAAGAAAAAUUUAUACGGGCACGCCAUAGUGCACUAGUAAUCUCUAAAA